AUUAAUCGCCUACAAGCGUGAUCCUGAUCAACGCGCGAGCACAGCUCCGACGUCCUAUUAUCAUCGCGAAACUUGCUCAAUCCACAUCCCGCUCGUAAAUCCCCUCCAUCUAUCCGUCAGCGAUUAUGUGAAUCUGAGCCCAAAGCGUACACACCAUUAGCAUCGUAACUCUAACGUCAAAGAAAUUCAGUGAAAGUCCGUGACUCAAAUCGCGCCUCGUGGCAAUCACCAAAACCGACUCUUUUUCCUAUCGGAAGUUUCACCGCGCGCGUAAGGCGUCUCCUUUUUUCAAUAUUAUAUAUACAACGACAUAAACACAAGGAAUCAUGCAACAAGGGAUUAUACCGCCGAGCGGUUGCGCAAGCCGUUCCGCGAUUGAAAACAUCACGCGAAAAAGCCCAGCCCGGAAUUCGCUGGGCUCUGCAUUUCUCGGGCGUACAUCGCAUCUCUGUUGCACAAGAAUAAGUCAUACCUACCGCCGAGAGUCGUUGAGAGAGCCGCCGCCGCCGUUCAACGAACGGGAGAAGUACAGCCGCGCUUAUUUCGAUCUCUCUCGUGUAUUACACUCGGUCGAGUUCCGCGGCCCGCGGUAAGCAUUAGUUUUGGGACUCGGUAGCCCGAAGGAAGCAGGCUUUUCGUUAUAGAAAGUCCGCGUUGCUCGGAGGAAGCCUUGGGCGUGUGUGUUCGUCGUGGACAUGGAUUUUGACAACCGACUGAGCCUUGUUUCGGAUAGCGCGUGACGAUCAUUGUGUGCGUGUCGUAAAUUUCGAAAGCUGUUCUUUUUUUUUAUAAAGCGAGAGAGAAAUGCCUCCGAGAUCGAUCAGCGAGAUGACAGCAGACAGUUGUGUGUUCCUGACGGGUGUAACCGGCUUCGUCGGUGGUUGCCUCCUCGAGAGGAUCUGCAAGCUCGAGCCUGGACCAGCACGUGUCUACGUACUCGUGCGCAGGAAACUCGGGGUCGAGCCUCAGAGUCGAUUGGAAAAGAUGUUCUCGUCGCCGCUAUUCUCAGGCAUCCCAGCGUCGAAGCUUCAACGUGUCCAGGCAAUGGAGGGCGACGUGGGUAGUAAUGAGCCUGAUCUCGGCCUGAGUCCCAAAGACGUCCAAAUCCUGGUGGACAACUGUACGCACGUCUAUCACUCGGCAGCUUUCAUCUCGUUCGCGGCGCAACUCGAACAAGCCAUCAGGAUCAACUUGUGCGGAAGCCGAGCCGUACUGCAUCUGGCUCGCAGAAUGAAGAAGAUUAGGGCGAUGGUGCACGUGUCCUCGGCUUACGUCAAUUGCACCAUCGGCACUGAGAAUUCCGAGUUUGAGGAGAGAGUCUAUCCCGUAGAGUACGACGUUGAUCCGGUUGACGUUUUGAACGCGGUGACAACCAUGUCCCCGCAAGAGGUCGAGAAAGAAUACGGCGAACUGAUCAGGAGGCAUCCAAAUACCUACGCUUUCUCGAAACACUUGACUGAGAAUUUGCUAGCUCGGGAGAGGGGUCACGUGCCUUUAUCAAUUGUACGGCCAAGUGUCAUUUUGAACAGCUGGCGAGAGCCUUUCGUCGGUUGGGUCGACAACGUUAACAGCGGAGCUUGCGGAUAUAUAGCCGGCGUCGCCAAGGGAAUUUUCUGCACCUUCCAGGCACGCGCAGACAUGGUGAUGGACGUGAUACCGGUGGACAUGGUGGUCUCCACGAUUUUAGCUGCGGCCUGGAAGGCCGAGCUCGAACCCGAGCGUCUGCAUGUGCUUCACUGCACCUCCGGUACUGCCAACCCCCUUACCUGGGGUCGAUACGCCGAUGGCAUCAUCAAAGCCGCGAGGGAACAUCCUUGCCACUCCGUAGCCUGGUAUCCACGCACGACUCUGCGAGAGAGUCGCCUUAGGACCGAGCUCGUCAUGUUCAUCUUUCAAAUGAUACCCGCGAUAUUCAUCCACCUGUUCGCCAAGCUCGCCAAGCCCGAGCAUUCGCUGAUCGACAUUCAGCGGCGUUACGCUAAGGGCGGCAAGUACACGUCGUACUUCUCGGUGCGCGAGUGGCAGUUUUCGAGGAAGACGAGCGACGAGCUCGCGGCUAUGCUAACGGAAGAAGAACGCGAUAGACAUCCUAUGGAUCCGAGGCUCCUUGACUGGGACAAGUACCUCGAGGGAUGCGUCAUCGGCACCAGGACCUACUUCCACAAGGAACCUGCUAAGACCACCGAUAGGGCGAGGAGACAAAUGGCCAGGCUGCGCGUAGUUGCCGCGCUCUCGCCUGUCUUGAGUUUCACCGGGCUCUGCGGCUGUUUAGCGCUUCUCAUGGGUAUUCACUGGGCUAUAGCUGUGCCCCUAGCCGCCUUCGUCGUGAUGCUACUCGUCUGGCUGUAGACGAGCUGAUGCGGAUUUUGCGGAGGACAUCAUGCGUGUAGGUUCAUUCGACAAUUUUGUUAUUGAUGAAGUUUACAACGCUAUAUAAUAUGGAUAUCUUAUUAUAAUUAUAUACAUAUAUACAUCAAAUGCUCAAGCAUGUUAUUGCAAAGUGAUUAAGGAUAAGAAGUGCAGACUUAAUGCUUCAUGCAAAUCAUCCAACAUUUUCUGAACUUGAAUAGUAUUGACCAAUAAAAUUUUAUAAAUACAUGAUAUAUUUAAUAAAAAAAAAUAAUUAUUUAUACA